CACCUCCGGUCCCACCCUUCUCAGCCCUGCCGCACGGGCGUGCCCGCGCACAUGCCGCUCUCACACCCCACGCUCGAGUGGACGUCGCUGCAGGAUGUCUUCUACCGCCGGCAGGACGUGUACGAGCUGCCGUGGGCGCUCGACAACCUCGGCGAGCACCUCGUCGCCGUCGCGCCGAACAGCGGCCUCGUCGCCCUCGUGCGCGACCCCGCACGCCUCGUGGCGCUCGGCCGCGCCGCGCUGCUCAAGCCCAAGAUCCAGAUCUUCACCGCCGCCGGCGUGCUGCUCGAUGCCGUGCCGUGGGACGCCUCGAACCGCAUCGUUGCGCUCGGCUUCACCGCACAGGAGCGCCUCGCCGUGGUGAUGGAGGAAGGUGUAGUGCGCCUCUACACAUUCCUAUCGCCGUGCCCGGCGUCGGCGCCGCAAGGCAGCAGCGACAAGGACGCGCCAACGCCCGUCGAGGCCGGCCCGACGAGCUACUACGUGCAGUACACACUGGGCAGCGAGGCGGCGGACACGGGCGUGCUUGACGCGCGCAUCUGGAGCGAAGGCCUCGUGGCGCUCACCGGCGGCAACCGCUUUGUCGAGUGGUCCUUCCCCAGCCGCGAGGUCGAAGAGAGCAGCUGGUCGAGCCCGCCCGUCGUGUCUGCUCCGACUCUGCUGCCUCCUGCGGUGAUCUCGGGGCCGGGACCAAGCAUGCGGCCGGCGAACGGGAGUGCAGCACCUACAAGCGAGACACAUCCCGUCGGCCCGCCUAGCACAUGGGCGGUCCGGCCGCCGCACAUGUCUGCCUCUGGGCUGCUCGAGAUUCUCGUCUCGCCCGCAAGCGACGGCGGCGGCACGCUGCUUUCGAUCGACUCGCUCAGCGGCUGCACCGACCUGCGCCUGACGCGCGGGCCCUUCCACGCCGUGCGGCCGAGCCCCAACGGCAAGCUGCUGGCACUGUUGACCUACGACGCCAAGCUCUGGGUCGUGAGCGCGGACCUGCAGCGCAGUCUGUCCGAAUUCGAUGUGGCAGACGCGGACGCAUUCGAGGAGAACCGCGGGCGCGGCCUUGGUGGGACUGGCGUCGAGGCCGUCGAGUGGUGCGGCGACAAUUCGGUCGUGCUGAGCUCCGAGUCCGAGGUGCUGAUGUUUGGGCCGUUCGGUGACGUGCUUCGCUUCCCGUACGCCGGCUCCGUGGUGCUGGCGCCCGAGCUAGAUGGCGUGCGGAUACUGAGCGCCGACCGGCACGAGUUCCUGCAGAAGGUGCCCGACGCCUCGAGCGCCGUCUUCCGGCCUGGCAGCACCGACCCCGCGGCGCUGCUGUUCGAUGCCUCGGAGUGCUUCGCGCAACGCAGUGCCAAGGCAGACGAGGGCAUUCGCGCGAUCAAAGCCCAGCUCGCGAGCGCCGUAGACACCUGUAUCGAGGCUGCAGGUCACGAGUGGGACCCCGCCUGGCAGCGCAAGCUGCUGAAGGCUGCUUCGUUUGGCAAGGCCUUCAUCGACUCGUACGACCCGACGAUGUUCGUCAACAUGGCCCGCAGCCUGCGCGUGCUGAAUGCGGCGCGGCAGGCCGAGAUCGGCGUGCCGAUCACCUUCGAGGAGUACGAGCGCAUCGGUGCCGCAGAGCUCAUCGCCCGCCUCACAGCGCGCAACCAUCACCUCUUGUGCCUGCGCAUGUCCGAGCACCUCAAUCUCCGGCCUGACGCGAUCCUCAAGCACUGGGCGCGCGCCAAGAUCGCUCGCUCACGGCCGCCGCCGGGCAACACCUCGGCGCAGGUCAGCGCGCAGACGGACGACGACAUCUGCCGGGCCAUUGUGGCCAAGUUUGAGAGCCAGCCGGCCGUCAGCUACGCGGAGAUCGCACGCACGGCGUGGAAUCAGGGACGCACGCGCCUUGCGACCAAGCUGCUGGACUACGAGCCGCGUGCGGUCGACCAAGUGCCACUGCUUCUCAACAUGCACGAAGACAAGCUUGCGCUCGUCAAGGCGAUUGAGAGUGGAGACACUGACCUCGUGUACCACGUUCUUCUGCGCCUCAAGUCGCAGCUGUCGCGCGGCGAGUUCUUCCGCAUCGUCCAGGCGCCGGCCAUCGAGGCGACGGCAGCGUCCGUGCGCGAAGGGGCGGCACGACCGGGCAGCCACAUCUACCUCGCCGCAAACCUGCUGGAGGUGUAUGCACGCGCGGAGGACCGCGAGCUGCUGCGCGACUUCUACUACCAGGACGACCGGCGCACGGAGAGCGCCGUGCUGAGUCUGGAGGAGGCAUCACGAGAAGUCGAGCUCACAGAUCGCAUUGCCAAGAUCAAGCAAGCGCAGCGCCUCUUCUCGGAGGACACUGACCGGAGUCUCGAGGCUAAGAUGACCGAGGAGCAGGUGCGCCUGCUGGGUUUCCAGGCCGCUCUUGAGAAGGAGGAGGGCGGGCGGCCUGGCAUGGUCGGCCUGAGCCUCAACGAGACGAUCCGCCAGUGCUUCAUCAGGGGCAACGUCAAGAAGGCCGAAAAGCUGCGCGGCGACUGGAAGGUGCCCGACAAGCGCUACUGGAGCAUCCGGAUAUCAGCGCUGAUCGCUACGCGAGACUGGGAGGGCCUGUGGACGUUUGCCGGGUCCAAGAAGAGCCCGGUCGGCUACACGGACUUUGUGUCGCGCCUCGUCGCUGCGGGACAGACGAAGGAGGCGCUGCGCUACGUACAGAAGUGCGCGAGCGACAAGGCCGACCGUGCGCGGCUAAGGUGA